AUGGCCGCCGCCCCGGACGCCACGUGCUUGUCGGAGCUCAGCGGAUUCCCCAGCAGGAACAUCAGCCUCCUCUCCGGCGCCCGACCCUGCAACCGCAGCGCCGCCAGGACCUCGCCCUACACGCCACAGGCCACCGCAGCCUUUGCGAUCGCCAUCACCUUCAUGAUGGUCGUGACUAUCGUGGGGAACAUCCUGGUGAUCAUGGCCGUGCUGACCUCUCGAUCCCUGAAGGGACCUCAGAACCUCUUCCUGGUGUCGCUGGCGGCGGCGGAUAUCCUCGUGGCCACGCUCAUUAUUCCCUUUUCUUUGGCCAACGAGCUGCAGGGCUUCUGGGCCUUCAGCUCCGUCUGGUGUGAGAUCUUCCUGGCGCUGGACGUCCUCUUCUGCACCUCCUCCAUCGUGCACCUGUGCGCCAUCGCUCUGGACCGCUACUUGUCCAUAUCUCAACCCGUGUCCUACGGCGCCAAACGCACUCCCUCACGCAUCAAAGCCGGCAUCAUCGUGGUGUGGCUGAUCUCUGCCGUCAUCUCCUUCCCUCCUCUCCUCACCCUGGAUAAGAGCGAAGGAGGAGAGGAGGUUUGUGAACUGAACAACGAGCGCUGGUACAUUCUUUACUCCACCAUCGGAUCCUUCUUCGCCCCCUGUGUGAUCAUGAUCCUGGUGUACGUCAGGAUUUAUCAGAUCGCUAAGCAGCACACCCGGUGCUCACCUGCUCACAAGCAGAAGGUUCUGGUGCCCAGCGAGCCGGUGAGGAGCUUCUCUGAGAAGUUCCAGCAGAACGGAGAUCAGGGAGCUGCGCCUGCCGGCCGGCGAGGACACACCGCGGCGUCUUGCUCGGAUUCCACGCCAUCAACCCCUCAAAGACCGCCUGAGACCACCAUGAGCCAGAACCCUCAGCACUGCCCUCCACCCCCGAGUCCACCGCAGAAGUCCUCCUCCUCAGUCCCUCAGCCCGACAGCCAGACCUCCUCAGGCCCGGCACAGAAACAUCCUGACGAAGGCGGGGGGGCGCCCGACAGCAGCUCCAGCUCCGGCUCUGAGCAGGAGGCCGGACUGGAGGAGGUUCUCAGAGAGGACGACGGAGGAGAGACCAGCAAACCCAACCAGCGAGCUGUGGGAAGGAAAAGCAAAGGAUUUAGAGUUCAGGUGCUAGACCUGAGCAGCCGACACCAGAGCACCAUGAUGACAUCAUCCGGCACCAGACUGGCCCCCGAGGAACCCCCGAGGACGCCCCCCAACCCGGGGGCCGCCGUGUGCCGACGCAAAGCCUUGGUGAACCGGGAGAAGAGGUUCACCUUCGUCCUGGCCGUGGUCAUGGGCGUGUUCGUGAUCUGCUGGUUCCCUUUCUUCUUCUCUUACUCUCUUCAGGCCGUGUGUCCGGAGACCUGCAGCAUCCCCAACCCGCUGUUCAAGUUCUUCUUCUGGAUCGGCUACUGCAACUCCUGCCUCAACCCCGUCAUCUACACCAUCUUCAACAAGGACUUCAGGAAGGCCUUCAAGAGGAUUCUGUGCCGGGACGCCAAGGGCACGUUCUUCUGA